AUGGAGGCAUCGGUUUUGGGCGAUUCAAUUGGUGUCGAGGAUUGGCGUCAAAGAGAGUCCAAAGAGUUGUCAGAAUUGGUUCAAAGUCGGAUCCAUGAACUCCAGAAUCCUUAUGGCUUUUCGUCGGGUUUAAGUGAUAUCGUUUGGUGUCUAAUCGCCGGCUAUUACUCCAACCGUACAGUCGUUUUGCUCUCUAAACGAUACCAUUAUUUAAAUGAAGGCUCGCAAAAGUGGACCCAUUUUUUCAAACCUCUUAGCGAUACUUGCGAUGAAAGUAUGUUUGAAAACGUCUCAUCCGGUCACUCGACGUCUAAUCCAUUAUUUACCAAAAUCUAUUGGCAAGAGAAUAGUGGCCAUGCAUUCAAACCCAUUGGUUUGGUGGUUGGACUUCACGUGAGGCGGACCGACAAGAUUGGCGUUGAGAGCAGUUUUCAUAACGUAAGCGAAUAUAUGGUUCACAUUAAAGACUUUUACGAUGGCAUCGGUUUAUUGAACGACACGAUUGAACGCAAAGUCUAUUUGGCGACUGACGACCCCCAGGUAUGUCGAGUGGCGUAUGAAUUGAUGCAAAACAACUACUUUGACGCCGGCUUUAAAGGCCAGUCCAUUGAUCUGCCCUUUCAUUACGAGACAGCGUUCAACUCUCCCCGAGUUGUCAUAUAUAACCACUUCUCUUCAUCAGACAAACAGUGGUCUCUUAGGACCGGAGAUAUGAUGUACUCGAGGAAUGGCGAAGACUUCUUGAGUCAGGCGAGGAAUGGCAAGAAAUACGACUCUUAUUAUUACGGGACGGACGCCGACAAAACUGAUUACCGUUUAUAUCCCGCUCGGCCACCGAAUGGCCGUUACUUCCGGCGCUCGUAUCGGACGGCACCUCCGGGUCUGGUGCCGGCCAUCAUCUCAUGUCAGGCAUCCGUUUGUCUCAUUAUGUUUGGCAUAUUCUUCCUCAUCGCCGGAAGUAUCGCCCGAUUCGUCGCCGGCGACGACAGUCCGCCCUCUAAGGACUUCGACACCCCUUUCUUCAACAAAGGUCGGGAGGAGUUUGCGAGAGGACCCAGAAUUGUCGGGACAAUCCUAUUGUGUGUCGGAGCCGUCAUGACUGGAAUCGCUGUCUUGGGAUUUGUGACGGCAUUUGUCUUAUACCGUAAAUACGAGCGCAACAGACGGUCGGGAAUGGUUGCCGUCGGUAACCCUCACACUAUUGCCAAUCCUCAGGUCUUGGGACCCACGCCUACCUCUGGUGUCGAUUACCCGACUCAAGCGGGCUAUCAAUACGGACCCGGAUAUCAGGCGGUGUCUCAGAACGUGGUCUAUAGCGCGACCACUGAACCGACCGUUUAAUCACCACAACUCUUAAGCCACACCAAAGCCAUUGCGUGCCAUUUGUAUGACAAUUACAGUACUAUUCAAAGCAAAUCUCUAUCCGUCUGUUUGGUAGACAAGAAUCUCUAUAUUAUUGAUCUUUUAAUAAUCAAGUGAUAAAUCAAAUCAAAAUUGUUUUCAUUAUAUUUAAAAACUCUGUCAUUAUUUAGAAAUCAAAGAUCUGUUUAUAAAAUACUAGUUUUUAUUAUUUUUAUAAAAACGCACAAAAUCUUAAAACUAUUUCAGUAUUUCUAUCAUUUAUAUAAUUUUUAACUUAAGCUUUUAACGUGAAAUUAUUAAUUCAUAUAUUUAUUACACAAUAAAAUAUAAUCAAUUUGAGACA